GGUUCAUUUGUGCCAUGUUAGACUCCAGAUAUAAGUGAUAUCAUAUGGUAUUUGUCUUUUAAGGGUGAUUCAGGACGCACCUGAAGCAGGUCCCUUUAGGAGGCAUUGUUAAGGGAAGGAAGGUGGUUUGCAAGGUCUGGGGGUGGGUGAAUCCAGUCCAGUAUGAAAAAAAUCUGCACCAGGUUUGAAAAGCCACCCCACCGUCCUGUGUAAGUAAGAUGCUAAGAGACACAACUGCUUUGGGCAUCGUCGUCGGAGUCCCUGUUGUUCUCCAUGAGGAGCUACCGGAGAAGAAAGGGCAGAGAUGGCCCCGGGGGUCUCGGAGGCACACGCCGCUUUCUGAGCAGGCAGGCUGGGGAGCCCGACGGGACCAGACCACCAGCAGCAGGUCGGAGCAUGUACGCUGUGAGACCAUGGCUCUGAGGACAGCUCUUCACCUUCUCACCGUCUGCCUCAGUCUCUCACUGCUCAUCUCCAUAAAAAAUUCCUUUUGCAAUAGAAAUGACACCAAGUGCCGAUCAAAUUCUUGCCCAAACAAUUCUACGUGCAAGAAUUUUUCAAAAGACAACAGUUGCCAUUGUUCAGACACAGCCAUUAAUUUGGACAAAGACUGUGACGAUGAGAAAGACCCUUGCUUCUCCAGUCCCUGUCCAGGAAAUGCCACUUGUGUGAGCACCCCAGGAGAGAGGAGAUUUCUGUGCACAUGUCCUCCUGGCUAUAGUGGGGCCACCUGUGACACAGUCGUCAGUUUCUGUGGCACGAACUCCUGCCAGCAUGGAGGCAUUUGUGGUCAGGACCCUGUGCACCCUGUGUGCAUCUGCCCUGCCGGGUAUGCUGGAAGAUUCUGUGAGCUGGACCACGAUGAGUGUGGGUCCAGCCCCUGCCGCAAUGGCGCCAUGUGCCAGGAUGGCAUCAACGGCUACUCAUGCUUCUGUGUCCCGGGCUAUCAAGGCAGGCACUGCGACUUGGAAGUGGAUGAGUGUGUGUCAGAUCCCUGCAAGAACGAGGCCACAUGCCUCAACGAGAUAGGAAGAUACACCUGCCUUUGUCCCCACAAUUACUCCGGCGUGAACUGUGAAUUGGAAGUUGAGGAAUGCUGGUCCCAGCCCUGCCUAAAUGGUGCGACUUGUCGGGAUGCCGCGGGGUCUUAUGCCUGUGACUGUGCCCCCGGAUUCCUAGGCGACCGCUGUGAACUUGACACUGAUGAGUGUGCCAGUGGGCCGUGUCUCCAUGGAGGGCUGUGCAUGGAUGGAGCCAACAGCUACAGCUGUAACUGCACUGGGAGUGGGUUCACAGGGACACGUUGUGAGACCCUGAUGCUUCCGUGUUGGUCAAAACCCUGUCACAAUAAUGCCACAUGUGAGGAUGGUACUGACAAUUACACCUGUCACUGCUGGCCUGGAUACACGGGCGCCCAGUGUGAGAGCCACGUGGACACAUGCAGCAGUAACCCCUGCCUGCCUGACGGGGAGUGCGUGGAGCUGUCCUCGGAACAAGGACGCCUGGUCCAGCCGCUCUCUCCAUCCAGCCGCCCCGAAGCCUCAGGUUACAUCUGUAUCUGUCCUCCGGGACGCACAGGAAUCCACUGUGAAGAAGACCUGGACGAGUGCUCUUCGAGUCCCUGCAAAAACGGCGGUACUUGUGAGAACCUGACUGGGAACUACACCUGCCGUUGCCUGUUUGAUAGCCAUUCUGGGGCAUUUUUUGGGGGAAGGGACUGUUCUGAUGCUCUCCUGGGCUGCACCGAUCACCCGUGCCUAAGUAGCGGGCUGUGCAUCCCUCACCUCCGAAAUGGCCAGCAUGGAUUCAGCUGCCUGUGUCCACCUGGCUACACGGGGUCCCUGUGUGAAACUGUCACCACACUUUCUUUUGAGGGCAAUGGCUUCGUGUGGGUCCCAAGUGGCUCAGUGGCAGCCAAGGACUCAGGUUGUGACGUAGCCCUCAGGUUUCAGACAGUCCAGCCAACGGCGCUUCUGCUUUUCCGAGGGGACGGGGACACAUUUCUAGCACUGGAGUUGCUCAGUGGCUACGUCCACGUAUCGGUUCAAGUCGGUCAUCAGCCUAAGGUGGUCCUGUUCAUUGCCCAGAACGCCAGCGACGGGGAGUGGCAUUCGGUGGAGGUGACCUUUGCAGAGGCUGUCACCGUUGCCCUACGUGACGACUCUUGCACGGGGUCUUGCAUCAGUAAAGCCCCUUCUCCAUUUGGAAGCGACAGGUCAGCGUGUGCAUUACAGAACUCCUUUUUGGGGGGUUUACCGGAGGGAACAAUUCGCAGCCUUCCAGUCGAUACCCUUCCAUCCACACCCUCGCUCGUAGGCUGCCUGCAAGACAUUGAGAUCGGCUCGAAUCCCAUCACCCCAGAGAGCAUCUCAUCCGGCUGGUCAUUAAAUGUCAAGGCAGGCUGCGUGAGAAAGGACUGGUGUGAAAGCCACCCUUGUCACCACAGAGGACGCUGCCUCAACUUGUGGCUUGGUUACCAGUGUGCUUGCUACAGGCCCUACCAAGGUCGGAACUGCCGCAGAGAGUACGUGGCGGGCAGAUUUGGCCAAGAUGACGCCCUGGGAUAUGCCGCUUUUCAUCUUGACAAGAGUUACGGAGAGGCCUUCUCCCUGUCCCUGUUUGUGCGAACGCGUCGUCCAACAGGCUUGCUUGUAGCUUUGGAAAACAGCACUUUCCAGUACGUCCGUGUUUGGCUAGAGCGUGGCCGGCUGGCAAUGCUGACUCCAGGUUCUCCCAAAUUGGUCGUGAACUUUGUUCUCAGUGAUGGCAAUGCCCACUUGAUAACUUUGAAAAUCAAGCCAAAGAAAAUUGAACUGCAGCAGUCGUCACAAAACCUGGGAUUUAUUUCUGCUCCCACGUGGAAACUCCAAAGAGGGGAUGGCAUCUACGUGGGUGGACUGCCCGACCGACAAGAGACUGAGGCCAGUGGCGGGUUCUUCAAAGGCUGUAUUCAGGAUAUAAGGUUAAACAACGAACACCUGGAAUUCUUCCCCAAUUCGACGAGCAGGGCAGCCCACAGUGCAGUUCUCGUCAACGUGAGCCAGGGCUGCCCCGGAGAUAACAUGUGCGAGGCCACCCCCUGUCACAAUGGAGGUGUCUGCUACUCGCUCUGGGACGACUUCUUCUGCUCCUGCCCUGCGCACACAGCUGGGAAAGCCUGUGACGAGGUUCGCUGGUGUGAGCUCAGCCCGUGCCCUCCCUCCGCCCAGUGCCAGGAGGUGCCUCGAGGAUUUGAAUGUAUUGCAAACGCUGUUUUUACUGGGCAAAGCAGUGAAAUAGUAUUCAGGAGUAACGGGAAUAUUACCAGAGACCUCACCAACAUCACAUUUGGUUUCCGAACCAGGGAUGCAAACAUGACCAUACUGCAAGCAGAGAAGGAGCCCGAGUUCCUUCAUGUUAGCAUUCGAGAGUCCAGGUUAUUAUUUCACCUGCAAAGUGGCAACGGUGUUCACAUGCUGAGUCUGGCAAGUUUGCAGCCAGUGAAUGACGGCUUGUGGCACCACGUGACCCUCUCCAUGACAGACCCACGGGCCCAGGCUUCCAGGUGGCAAAUGGAAGUGGACCACCCAGCACCUCUUGUGACCAGUGCAGUGGCCGCCGGGAGUCUCGACUUCCUGAAGGAUGAUAUAGACAUUCACGUGGGUGGCCAAGCUACUGACAACACACAGGGCCUGCGAGGGUGUCUAAGUACAAUAGACAUCAGUGGCAUUCAUCUCUCUUACUUUGAAAAUGUUCCUGGUUUCAUGAAUAAACCUCAGGAGGAGCAGUUUCUCAAAAUCUCUAAAAAUCCAGUGGUUACUGGCUGUUUGCCGUUCAACGCCUGCAACUCCAACCCCUGCUCGCAUGGAGGACGCUGUGAAGACAUGUAUCGUUCUUAUCACUGCACCUGUCCUGGGGGAUGGUCAGGGACACACUGUGAACUUGACGUUGACGAAUGCCUUUCAAACCCCUGUUUCCACGGCAACUGCUCCGACAGCGUUGCAGCCUAUCACUGCACAUGUGAGCCUGGAUACACCGGUGUGCACUGUGAAGCGGUUACAGACAAUUGCCAGAAUCACCAGUGUGCAAAUGGGGCCACCUGCAUCAGUGACGACAAGGGCUAUUCUUGCCACUGUCCUGGGAAUGUCACGGGAACAUUGUGCAGACGCGCCAGCUCACCCUCAGCCGUCUGCGGGAAAGAGAAAAAUUUCACGUGUUACAACGGUGGCAACUGUACGGAGUCCCAGGGUGAAUUGCAGUGUACGUGCCGGCCAGGUUUUACUGGCGAAUGGUGCGAGAGGGACGUGGACGAGUGCGCCUCCAACCCGUGCCUGCACGGUGGUCAGUGCCACGACCUGCCCAACAAGUUCCAGUGCGUCUGCGACGUGGCCUUCGCGGGCGCGCGCUGUGAGCUAGAUCUGGCAGAAGACUUGCUCUCGGAGGUGUUCGCCGCCAUCGGUGCAGUGACCUUAGCCCUGUUGUUGAUCCUCUUUCUGGCAGUGGUUGCUUCCGUUGUCACUGCCAACAAAAGGGCAACUCAGGGAUCCUACAGCCCGAGCCGCCAGGAAAAGGAUGGUUCUCGGGUGGAGAUGUGGAGCGCGAUGGCUCCCCCGGCAAUGGAGAGGCUCAUUUAGAACCAUCCAGUCUCUCGAGGAACCGUGAACAGGAUGGCUGUACGUGCGUGUUUCUCUGACGUACCUGGAGACAUCAGUUUAUAGGUGGGAAGGAUGCUGAACCAAGGGAAGGAUCCCUUUGACCACCAUGAAGACAGAGAUGUUGGCAGUGGUUCAACUUGAUGCCACUGUUUUAUUUCAUUUUUGUCUUUUUGCCAUUUCUGGGGCUACUCCCGUGGCAUAUGGAGGUUCCCAGGCUAGGGAUCUAAUCGGAGCUGUAGCCACCGGCCUACACCAGAGCCACAGCAACGCGGGAUCUGAGCUGCGUCUGCGACCUACACCACAGCUCAUGGCAACGCGGAUGUUAACCCACUGAGCAAGGGCAGGGAUCGAACCCCCAACCUCAUGGUUCCUAGUGGAUUCGUUAACCACUUCGCCAUGACAGGAACUCCUGAUGCCAUUGUUUUAUUGUAGUCUGCUAUCCAACCACAGAACAAUGUUUUCUUGUGCAAGUAAUUUCAGCCUCAUAAAUAGCACAAAUACCUUCCAGAGGACACUGUCUUCUGGGAGACACUCCAGUGCCUGUCUUUACAGUCUUUACUCUUUGCAACUUGGGGACAUGUUUUUAGUUUGCCCAUUAACUGCCAAUUGCAUUUUUGUUUUUUUAACAACAGAAACUAUGGAGAAAAAGAAGUACCUGUCUUACUCUUGCCAUCAUGGGGCAAGAGGCUUUCAUUUGUACCUCUGAGGGGUUGUGCCCCUUUGUCUUUGAGUCACAGAUUUGAGAAUGCCACAGGAAUGACCUGUGUUUAAAAAGCGACUCAAUAUCCACAAAUAAAAUUGAAAUGUGGUUAUUCUUCAUCCUGGGGUUUUGUGGUUUGUUUUGCAUUUUACAAUCCUGCUUUUGUGUGUAGCAUUACAUGUGGCAAAAGUAACUUCUAGGAGCAUUGGAAGAUCCUUUUAACUAAAUCUUCUCAA